AUGGCGCUCGAGUGUUUGUCAGCUUUCCCGUCCUUUUCUUUCUUUAUACCAUCAUUAGCAGUAAUCUUUCUCCUGAUAGUCAUACGGAUCGCAGUGUCUACAGAUUUCUACAAAAAGUUUUUUGCCAAACUGGAAUCCAACUUUUCUCAAGCGACGAAAGGAAUAUUUGCGCCCCUGAAACACAAGAUUUUUGUUGACCUCAGCAAUCGAUUGAAAGAACUGGAAGGCGAUGUUUUGGAAAUAGGGAUCGGUGCGGGAGAGAACUUCCAUCUUUAUCCUGAAGGAACGUCUCUCAUAGCUGUUGAUUCAAACCCACACGUUGAAAAACUUCUCACGGAAAACUUGAAGAAAGCAGGCGAGAGAGUUCACUUGAAGAAGUUUGUGGUAGCCUCAGCAGAGGACAUGAGCUGUUCAUCAGGGAAACUUGGUGUGGAGGAUAAUUCCAUUGCUGCUGUUGUUUGCACGCUGGUGCUGUGUUCUCUUACUGACGAUCAAACCACGAAAACAAUUCGAGAAGUAAAAAGAGUCUUGAUGCCUGUAAGUAAAAUCCAUCGCCUCCCUUGGCUUGUCGUUUUCCCGGGGGAGUGGCGGCGGCGGGGGGAGGGGGGGUACUUUAAUAUAUGGGCUAGAUAGGUAUGCGCCGCCCGAUAGGGUAUGGUGUUUGAGGGUAUUGUUUUUGUCCUUGUUGGCUUUGUGUUCCCAGUGUGAUCCUUAGAUAGGGUACUCAAAUUGUAUCAGCAAAAAUACAAGUGCAUAAAUGCCCCACAACACAAGAUACAAAUCAUCUUUUAGUUUAAUGAAUGUUUGUGUCUUGCCAUUUAAUUCUUAUCCUUUGUUUUUCCUUUGAACAAGGUUUUUUUGGGGGGGGGUUGGCCCUUAAAUAGGAUGCCAAUUGUCGUUUGUUUGUUGCUGAAAAUGUAUUUUAAAAAAAUAAGUUGUGCUUGCCCCUGAGUUGUCUGAGGUUGCUACAGAAUCUACAUGCAAUUUUUCUCCAUGGCCUGCAUGACUUAAAGAAAAUGCUGAGUUCUGGCCAGGUGCUUAAAUUUUGACACAGUCAAAAUACGUAAAGUUCUUGUAUCUUCCGUGAUUAUUUUUAGUGCCUUGACUUUGAAUGUUUGGUAUGUUUCAGGGUGGAAGAUUUUACUUUCUUGAACAUGUUGCAGGUUAGUUCACUCAACUUUGUUACGACCCAUAAAGUCAGACCACUAAUAACAGGGAGUUGUAGCAAGACAAUGGUGACAGCCACGAGAAUUUUAAUAAAAGUCAGCACACUUUUUGUUACAAUCUUCAGGGCCGUAUGUAAAAUUAAGAAUGUUGUAACCUAGGUUUCUAAAAUACAUUUGAUUUUACAUUACAUCCCUUAUGACAGCCAUUUACUUCUUUGUUCCUUGAUAGGCAUGAGGACAGUCAGAAUGAUUACUUUAAAAGGCCUUUCAUAGAACUUUUUUGUGUGUGUUAAUUGCAGCUUUGCAUAGUUUUUUAAAGGAGUGUUCUUUCCUGAGGACAUAACUUAAGAAUCAUGCAUCAGGCAUUGUCACUGACUUUCAUAAUUUCAAAACUCUAUGAUGAAAAAUGUCAACAUGCCCUCCACAACCCUCCCCCCCACCCCACCCCCACCUACCACAGCCAUCAAGGGUCACUUAGAAUUAUUUCUUAAUUAUAUACGCUCGGUCAGGGAGAGUGUGGUGGAUAUUUCGAUGUGAAGCUCGCCUCUUAUGCAAUGAUAAUGUAUUAUGACCACGCUCCUGUACUUUCAAUAUCAUUAAUGAUCAGUGCUCAUUCCAUGGCCAACCCAAAAAUGUAGCUGUUUUACUAUGGGUGAUCAACCCUUUGCUCUUUCAAGACAAGACAGAAAACCCAAAAGACAUUAAGGUCAUUAAGCAAAAUAGUAAUAUUUAAUUAUAUUUUCAGAGACAUAUGUCCUUUUAAUAAAAAUUAAUCAUUCAUUUGUUAUUUCAACAGGGGAACCAUGGACAUUGCGUUACUUCACUCAGCACCUUUUAACAAGGCUACUUAUAUUUCCCACAUUUUUGAAUGGUUGUUGCUGUAACAAGGAGACCCUGACCAGAAUUAGAGAAGCCGGCUUCAAGACAGUGCAGGCAGAAAAGCAGUGCAUUAAGGGGUCGUCAGAAGCUUUUUUGGGGUCUUGGGAUACUGUUUUGCUUGCAAGAAGUUUAUUGGCUCUAAUAAACCCUGUGAUUGCUGGUUUUGCAGAAAAGUGA